AUGACAACAGAAUCCGGAAGACGGCGCUGGAUGAUGACGCCAUCAGGACCCGCCUAUCAGCUACGUCAGAGGAAGCGGUCUCCUAGCAACCAGUACAACAGCGCCGGAGCUAUGAGCGGGAUGUCCCGGCUGAGGAUGGUUCCGCACCCGUACACCCAGGGGCCCCCGGGCCUGUCCCGCCUGGAGCUGCUGAGGAGCGAGUACCAGGAGCGGGCCCUGCGGGAGAAGGAGGACAAGAUGCUGCAGCUGCUGACACAGGAGCGCAUGAAGGGUUCCAGGGGCCCCCCACAGGAGCGGGCAUGGGCCACAGCCAAAAGGACGGCCGGGGUGGACCGAGCGCACCCCCUCCAGCCCGUGCACCCCCUCCACCCCCCGUCCGCCAACAAACACCCGCCGCCCCAUGUCCGCUCCAAGUCUGGGCCUGACCGAUGGCAGGAGCUGGAGAAGAAGGAGAAGAACCUGGAGGCCGAGAUCCGCAGGAAGGAGACCCUGCUCCGGGAAAAGCUGCGGAGGACGGAGGAAGAGCUGAGGCGGAUCCAGAAGGAAAGAGAAGAGGCCGAACGGGAAGAACGCACGACCCGGCCCAGAGGAGCCAGGCUGGAGGGGGGAGGCCAUGUGAAGGACAUUCCCCUCUCCAUAGACCAGUACAGCGGGGGUGGGGUCAAGCCCAGGAAGGACAGUCCCCUCUCCAUAGACCAGUACAGCGGGGGUGGGGUCAAGCCCAGGAAGGACAGUCCCCUCUCCAUAGACCAGUACAGCGGGGGUGGGGUCAUAGCCAGGAAGGACAGUCCCCUCUCCAUAGACCAGUACAGCGGGGGUGGGGUCAAGCACAGGAAGGACAGUCCCCUCUCCAUAGACCAGUACAGCGGGGGUGGGGUCAAGCCCAGGAAGGACAGUCCCCUCUCCAUAGGCCAGUACAGCGGGGGUGGGGUCAUAGCCAGGAAGGACAGUCCCCUCUCCAUAGACCAGUACAGCGGGGGUGGGGUCAUAGCCAGGAAGGACAGUCCCCUCUCCAUAGACCAGUACAGCGGGGGUGGGGUCAUAGCCAGGAAGGACAGUCCCCUCUCCAUAGACCAGUACAGCGGGGGUGGGGUCAUAGCCAGGAAGGACAGUCCCCUCUCCAUAGACCAGUACAGCGGGGGUGGGGUCAUAGCCAGGAAGGACAGUCCCCUCUCCAUAGACCAGUACAGCGGGGGUGGGGUCAUAGCCAGGAAGGACAGUCCCCUCUCCAUAGACCAGUACAGCGGGGGUGGGGUCAUAGCCAGGAAGGACAGUCCCCUCUCCAUAGACCAGUACAGCGGGGGUGGAGUCAAGCCCAGGAAGGGCAGUCCCCUCUCCAUAGACCAGUACAGCGGGGGUGGGGUCAAGCCCAGGAAGGACAGUCCCCUCUCCAUAGACCAGUACAGCGGGGGUGGAGUCAAGCCCAGGAAGGGCAGUCCCCUCUCCAUAGACCAGUACAGCGGGGGUGGGGUCAUAGCCAGGAAGGACAGUCCCCUCUCCAUAGACCAGUACAGCGGGGGUGGGGUCAUAGCCAGGAAGGACAGUCCCCUCUCCAUAGACCAGUACAGCGGGGGUGGGGUCAAGCCCAGGAAGGACAGUCCCCUCUCCAUAGACCAGUACAGCGGGGGUGGGGUCAAGCCCAGGAAGGACAGUCCCCUCUCCAUAGACCAGUACAGCGGGGGUGGGGUCAAGCCCAGGAAGGACAGUCCCCUCUCCAUAGACCAGUACAGCGGGGGUGGGGUCAUAGCCAGGAAGGACAGUCCCCUCUCCAUAGACCAGUACAGCGGGGGUGGGGUCAAGCCCAGGAAGGACAGUCCCCUCUCCAUAGACCAGUACAGCGGGGGUGGGGUCAAGCCCAGGAAGGACAGUCCCCUCUCCAUAGACCAGUACAGCGGGGGUGGGGUCAAGCCCAGGAAGGACAGUCCCCUCUCCAUAGACCAGUACAGCGGGGGUGGGGUCAAGCCCAGGAAGGACAGUCCCCUCUCCAUAGACCAGUACAAUCACCAGAAGGCUGAAGCAAGGGAUCUGGUCUUUGCCUCCUCACAGCGCCCUCCUCUGUCACAUGUUGAAGACUCAUUUCAUCAGCUGAGACUGGACGUUCAGGGGGUACAGCACAGUGGGUACCCAUCAUCUCAGACCUUAGAUGAGGUAGACAACCCCCAGAGUCCUGGGCAAGUACUGGUUCCAUGUCCGUUGUGUGGACGAUGCUUUAUGAAACAUCGCCUGCAGAAGCACAGCGCAGUAUGUGAGAAGAUGCACAGCUCCCGAAGAAAAGUGUUUGACUCCUCUAAGGCCCGGGCCAAAGGAACAGAUCUAGAACAAUACCUGCAUAAGAAAGGGCGACGGCCCUCCCCACCGCCCCAGGUCCAUGUCGCCUCCUGGCGUCAGAAGCAUGAGUCUUUCCUGAGAACAAUCCGUCAGGCUCGUGUAGUGCAGGAUGUUGUCGCUAAAGGGGGAAAGAUAUCUGAUCUGCCACCUCCUCCCCCUGAGGAGUACCCGGAUUAUGUGGCUUGUCCUCACUGCAGCCGGCGAUUUGCUCCACGGGCAGCCGAACGACAUAUUCCCAAGUGUGAGACAAUUAAAAGCAAGCCCCGCCCUCCACCCCGCCGCCAUCGCUGAUACAGAUCACAUUGAAGUCCCAGACGCCACGCGGCAGGGGUCUGCGCCCAAGAAACACCACGAUCCCUCAUCACAGUCUUCUCUGGAAGUCUCUGUGCUGCCACCAGCAGAGGAAAUGCCCUUCAUACAAAGCGCCACCUG